UAAGGCUUUAGUCAACUGUCGCUUUGACAGUUCCAUUUUCCAGUCGCAAACGUCCGCUUCAUUUCGCAAUUCGCUGGCUAUCCCACAGCCCGAUAAAAUGCGUGGUUUUCGGGUAAAGUACGAUCGGUGGCUACGGGAUUCUCCACUGCUGACGAAAGGCGUGACGUCGGCCAUUCUCUUCGGUCUCGGCGACCGAAUCGCGCAACGGAUCGAGACUGGCGACGCGGACCAACGCGAUGCCGAUGACUGUCACGGACUGCAACGGACAGCACGUAUGAUGGUGUGGGGUGGACUCCUAUUCGCCCCCAUCGGCCACGCGUGGUACAAUUUUUUGGAGAAGGCCGUUCGCGGCAAGGGCACGGCUACAGUCGUCAAGAAAAUCGCCGCGGACCAACUCGUUUUCUCCCCACCGCUAUCACUAGCAUUCUUCACUUAUGCUGGCGUAACUGAGGGUAAACCAUUGCCCGAAACAGUGGAGACUGCAGUGGUCAAAUUGCCACCGACACUCGCAGUGAACUGGACCGUGUGGCCGCUGGUGCAUGUGUGCACCUUCGGCUUUGUGCCAUUGCAGUACCGCAUUUUGUUUAUCAACGUGGUAAAUAUCGGCUGGUCUACCUUCUUGUCCCGAAUGGCAAGCAGCGAUGGAAAAGUCUCGAAUGCUCAGAAGCUGGAGGAGUUCCUCGUACAGCAGAUGGAGGAUUCGGAGGAAACAGCGACAGCAUGAAUGGUUUUUUGAGAAAUGGGAAUCUUGUUGACGAAAAGGUAAUUAACCCUGAAAUAAAUGAGUUUAACCAAUUAUAAAUAGGCUCAUUGUUAAACGAAAAUAGUCCAUUUGCAAUCUGUACCGCACAUUUGCC